GCAUCCGCUGCUGCGGAACCGGCGGUGGGUGUAUGGAACGGCUGUCGCCGACGAUAACGAAGCACUUGCCGCGCUGCGAAGGCCAUAAGUGCGAUAAGUGUUCCCCAUUCUACGCGAUAGUGCGCGCAGGGCUCAUUCUAUCUCUCGUUGACGCUACUCUAGCCAAAGUAUGCGAGUCCACGCAGUAGCGAUAAGCUCGCAGGAAAAAACACUGCGCUCUUGCGCUCUCAGGUGAGCGAACGAUUCCUUUCCGAAGACGACGCCAUGCCGGAUAACGGACCGGGACGGGUGCACCGUUUUCGCGACCACGUCGUCGCCGGCGUCAACUGGCGACCGACGCGGCUCUUCGACGAGGUGCCGAAUUCACGUGUGUGCAGCCUCUGCCGCAUGAUCCCAAAACAGAUGCUGCUGUUGCCGUGUGGUCACGCUCUGUGCCAAUCUUGCCACGCAGCCAGUCUCGAAGGGGGCGUUGGCCAGUGUCCGUUGGAUCGAGAGCCAUUCGAAGAAGCGGAGUGCUUCGGUUAUGAAUUCCCUACCAGGAAAGCGAACGCCGUGAAGGCAUACUGCUGGAACGAAGCUCACGGCUGCGAGUACACGGGCACCAUGGACCGCAUGCUGGAACACUACGAGAACGAGUGCACAUUUCACACCGUGGAAUGUGAGCGAUGCGGCGAGGGAGUCAAGCACAGAGAACUGGCAACGCACUACGUGGACGGGUGCAGGGCCGCUGUUUCUUCAGCGAUCACAGAGUCCUCGGAGCAUACAGCACUGACCCUUGCAGCCGUGAACGCUGCCGUUGAAGACGUGAAGGCGAGGUUGGGAUGUCUCAACCAUGACCAGCUGCUGCCAGUGAUUCAGAGUCAGCUGAAUGAGCUUACAGAACAAGCCAGGAACCAGGAAGCCAGGUUAGCUGGGAUCACUCGCGAGCUCGGAGCAUGCGAGAACAACUUAAAGGGCGAGAUGGCUCAAAGCGCCGCCACGAUUUCAUCGACCGUGUCCCAUCAACUCACAUCUCAGCAAAAUCCAUUGGAGGAAGCCAGCACGUCGAGGUCGCUGUCGUUGCGCUCGGGACAGGAGCUGAUACUUCGAAAGUUGGAACGUUUAUCGCACCUGGAAAACUGGCGGCAAACUUCCCCGAAGCCUGAUUUCGGCCGUGUCAUUGCUCGUUGUAAGGCUUUGAACGAUGGCCUUCGGCAUUUGACCAGUGCGCUGUCGACGGCCGCGUGGAUCAAAAAAAUUCCGUGGGUGAGUUAUCAGCUGACCCUGGAAAACUGUGAGGAAAUUAUUCAGUGGCAGGGAGGCUUAAAACAGUUUGCUGAGAUUACGGUGUGGCACAGGAGGGACACGUACUUUACGAUUGAGGUUUGGAAGUACUGCGAUGCUCCUGCAUCUUCCCUCGUUGUGGAGAUCCAGUUUAACGGGACGCUGGUGGACUCCGAGUGUUCGCCGCCUUUCUGGAGCGUGGACGCGGAGCAUCCAGUAACGUUCAAUCGACGUUCGUUGACUUCCGAAGCCAAGCGUUGUUUCUGCUACCACGAUGACCCCUCAUUGCCGCACUUCCACCUCCGAUUUGCUACAGACAUUGCCUCGCUAGAAAACGACGGCUACCUCCGAGACGGAAAGAUGUUGUUCCUUAUCUGGCACAGCAGUACAGGUACGCACAGUGGGAUCAGAGGAGCACCCUAGCGUUCGUCAUCGCAGAAUGUGUACUGCACCGGAGAAUCCUCCUCGCCACUUCACAUAAUGUGUCCCAUGAGCUUAGCGAAUUUUCGAACUCCUUUCUUAUAAAUAAAGUGGGCUCUGCGAUAUUUCUUUCUUAAAA